GGAACAAAUGUACAGACGGAUAUGACUUCAAGCACUCCUUCCCACGAGGACUCUGACAACAGCUUCCCAUGCCUGACAUCUGUUAUUAUUCAUCGAAGACAGUGUCUUGCGCCGCAAUGGCAGGAGGUGUUAUGUAAUCCGUUGUUAUGUUAAUAUUUUUCCCUUAAUACUUUGCUGGCCGUAAAAGACAGUGAAGAAGAUUUAAGCUGAAGUUGUACAUCCGGCAAAAUAAUGGUUUGGCAGGAUUGGCGUUCCUAUUCUUGAGUGUGUGACGCUUUUAAGCUACUGAACAGUACAGUCUCACGUUAUCCGUGUUGAGGUAAUGGUGAGAUACAAGUAUUUCAACAGAUAACUUGGGACAUGUACGUGUACAAUGCAGAAUUUUCCACAGUUGCAAGUCCCUAUGCUCACAAGGUCGAACGCGUAACUACAAAGGCGCUAGUCGUCUGCUUCCACCGAACAAUGACAUACUUGGCUCCGCGUGAUUAAUAGUGCUGUCUUCUCCAUCAACCCGCCACGUUGUGCAUCAAGUCCAUAAAGAAGCUGCGUACGCCUAGGACAGUAAGGAGUGACCGUGUCAAGUCUGUGUGUCGUCGUUGCUCGGUGAAGCUUCCAGUGCAUAUUAAUUUCGAAGAGGUUACGACAAUCAAGCUACUCUGGCGAUGCCUUCCGUCAGCCUGAAAACAAAGGGAACGACUCUCUUGCUGUGUCUGAUCUCCUUCACUCUUGGCCUUUUCUUGAAUUCAUUCCCGAGCUAUGGAAACAGAUUUUUUCCAGUUGAAAGACAGGUUAAUGUAGCCCCUGUCAGUCGUGUUGUUAGCGAAAACACAAGAAAAGGCCACCUCGCGAACGAAACGGAAAUUGGUGCCCCUACACCUGACCUCAUGAUCCGCAGUGGAAAAAGUCCUGUUGUUGGUCCAUCAUUAUUUGAAGAUGACGAUAACAAAAAGGAUAAGGAAGUGGUUGUUUAUGCCGACACGCCAAUUAGCAACAAGAAUGAUAGCCAUGUGAAUGACAAAGUAACCUUUGAUAACAAAAGUGCGCCAAUUAAAAAUGGCCAAACGAAAACGGUUAAUAAAGCGCAGUCGUUGCUUCGCACAGGAGGACGUUACUCAAUAACCGCAACCCAACUGUUAAAUAAGGCAAUCGGGUUCAUUUCCCCUGACGUUAGGGCAUCAUUUGCAAACAAAACAGGCAUGAAAUACGACAAAAGCAAGUCUGCAAUUAUGUGGUCUAACACAAUGAAUGCCCAGAAAAAAUGGGCUGUGCUGAAAGACGGCAUGCGGCAGUUGGGCUACGAACAACGCCUACCCACCAUCAUUUGCCUUGGCCUGAAAAAGGCCGGAACCACGGCUUUUUUGUACUACCUCGUGAAGCAUCCACAAAUUUCCCGCGCCUUACUGGAUGAGGUUCACUACUUCAGCAUAGACUAUGGCAGAGGUAUCGACUACUACCGGUCAAGAAUGGGAUUCUCCACAGCCAUGAUGCUCCAGUUUGAGAAAUCCCCAUCGUACUUUGUGUUUGACGACGUGCCGCAGAGAAUGUUGAAGGAUCUGCCGGCCAGUGUAAAAUUUGUAGUAUGUGUCCGGGACCCCUUGGAGCGGACUAUAUCAGACUUCAGACACGAGUACGAGCUGAAGCUCAAUCGGAAGCGCUCGAGAGCUGCAGGAGAGACACCCGUGACGCAAGCCAAACAUUUCGUCGAAACAAUAAUUGAUAGUAAUGACCGGGUAGAUCCAUCUAGUGGAUUCAUUAUCGAGAGUCUUUACUCCAAGCAUUUUAAAAAUUGGCUGAAGAGUUUCCCUCGAGAUCGAUUUUACAUUUUGAGCCAAGAGCGUGUGAAGAAGGACCUGUACACCGAGCUGAAAAACGUCGAGAAGUUUCUUGAUUUGGAGCCAUUUUACGAAAGGAGUAUGUUCUAUUACAAUGAGCAACGGCAUGCACCGUGUAUGCACUCCGGUUGCCCGCCAACGAGCACACCAGGGUUUCUCCCUAAAGCAGCCCUUAGCCCAGCCAUCCUUCGAAAACUGCGCGAUUUUUUUCGACCUUAUAAUCGGGAGUUUGAGGAGCUUACACAGAUGAAUUUUUCGUGGACAAAUCUGUGAACUAAAGCGAGAGUGAUAGGGAGGCUGUGUGCUAGUUUGUGGGAACGAAGCAUAUUUUACGUUACUUAGCAAUUGAAAUAUCGGUUGUAAAAGAUCUUAAGCUUGGCAAUUAACAGCAGAAGGCUGCUCUUUUAUGUGGUUCUGUUUGCAAAGUGUCAACCUUUUGCGACUGCUUGAAAAUUUGGUUCACUGCUGAUAACUUUCUAAAUGGAGGAGAGAUUUUGAUGGAAAUGUUUUGUUUGUUCCUUUUUUGAUCGGCCCUUGCAUUUAUAGGUAAAUCUAAUUUCGAAAUUUCAGAUUUCAGAAUUAGUCGCUUCAUUUUUUUCUGAGUUUCACAUAUUUUAUAUAGCAUAAAGCAGAAACUAUUUCUUAAAAUCAAAAAUUGUAACCAAAACUGAAAAGGUAGCGGGCCUUACAUAAUUAGCAAUCCUAUAGCAGAUCUCAUGUAUUUAAGGUCACUUCACCUGAAUGCAGUCUACCACAUCGUUUGAUUCUGUUACUGUUUUGAUAUGCUACCGUUUGAUUUAACAUAAACUUUCUUGGACUAACUCAUAUUCUAAUAAUAGGCUACUAUCCCUAUAUUUUUAAGUUCAGCUCGUCAUUUCAUAUUGCAAAGUCUAAGGGAACUAGGUAGGUUGGAAUAAUAGACCUUCUUUGUUAAAGGUAAUGAUUAUUAAAAGACUGAAAACUUGGGUCCUUUUACUUGUG